UUCACCGCGGCAGGCUGCACAGUUUUAAUCGUUGAUUGUGAGUGUGAAGUUCUGAAUGAAGAAAUUCCGACUUUCAACGCAAAUCGUAAGCCUAUAUCGAAACGAUGGGCUUCAACGAUUGGCAGGCGAAGCUGGCCGGGAUGGUGGUGAUAGGCGGGUUUAGUUUUUUGAUCGGAUUAUACGUCGCCAAGUGGUUUAGAAGGCGUUUUGGAGAACAAAGGCUGUUGUUUUCUAUAUCACUUUGUUUCGGCGCAGGAGUUUUACUCGGAACUUCCGGGUUGCACAUGCUUCCACAGACCAUGAAAUCUCUGCCUACCUACGGUGCCCUAGUAUAUUUCAGUGGAUAUUCCUUACUCUUCUUGGUCGAUGGAAUAUUUUACUUCAUAUGGGGUCAAGCCGUUGACUUGCCGCACUCCAAUCGACCUGCAACAAGUCGCAGAAUCGAACCCACAUCAGGACUUCCAUGUAAUGAAAAUUGCAAGACCAAUGGUGGAUAUAAUAACUGUUUGCACACCAGCGUAAGAAAUUUCCCCGAUGAGUAUCUCGGGCACAACCUUGAUUCUCAAGUUUCUUAUCAGGGUUAUACCGAAGACGGAGUUCCAGAUCAGCCGAACGAGCGAAAUCUGAAGAUCAGUAUCGAAAGUUCUCCGAAUGUCAGAUAUUCCCAAGAUGGAAAUGAAUCUGAGGCCCACUCUUCGGCAGCCAGUGCUUCACGACCUCGGUCCAAUGAAGUCGAGCCUUUACUAUCCCAUAAAGCACGAACCGAACUCGAUUCCAAUUCCAACGCGAUUCCAUUGGGACUCGUGAUGGCGUUGACUCUGCACGCGAUUUUUGAGGGACUUGCCAUUGGACUGCAAAGAUCUGUUUCUGAGGUGGGGCUCCUUGUGGCAGCAGUAGCUUCGCACAAACUUGUGGUCGCCUUCUGUCUUGGCAUUCAAUUGUCUGCCGGUAGAUAUUUUUCGCACGUAAUCGGUAUCAUUGCAUUCGCAGGUGGGUCAGUAGCUGGGAUUGGUGGCGGGAUGGCAAUUACGCAAAUAAGCCAAAAUUGGGUCACAGAGAUCCUGAUACCCGUGCUUUACGGCAUAGCUGGUGGAUCACUUCUUUAUGUGACUGUCAGUGAAGUUUUGCCCGGAGAAAGAGCCAAAUGGCAGAACACUCCAAUUCGGGCUGCGAGAAUUUGGCUAUUUCUGUCCUUCGCAUUUGGCUUCUUUCUAAUAUUCAUAAUCAACAGGUUUACCGAAGCGACUUAAUCAGCGACUGGCUGCUCGGAAUAGUUUCGAUUCUACUGAACAACCAUAGACCA